GGCUGCUAGACUGAGCAUAUAUUAUGCCCAUGAGUAAUACUAGUAGUAGCAAGGGAAGCACACACGAGGACGACCAGCCUCUGUCCAAGCAACGCGACAUGCCAAGGCGGGCCCCGAAACGGAACCACCGAAAGCCGGGGCUCCUCGACCCUCUAGGCGAGCUAGUAGUAGUACCCAUUGUUGAUGAGUCGCCGGCCCCGCUUUCGCGGGUGACAAGGUCGCCCGACCGCCUCUCGAUGCGAAAUGACCAGCGCCAGGACGCCGAAUUUGCUCGCCUCGUUGGCGCCGCCCAAGCAUCCAUCCAAGCCAAUGCCGACGCCAUGGACGCGGCAGCCGCCGUCGCGGCGGUCCUCUCGCACGUAGAAGAACGUCAUUACGCGUCGUUGGCCCUCCGCAAGCAACACAUUCACGUGCUCCAGCAGCUCGAAGCGGACUUGGAAGCGUUCGAACAAAGCAUGGACGGCACGCGACAGCGUUUUCGCGCCGUGGCCAACCAGCAUUUGCAUGCGAUCGCCGAGCUCUUGCUUCGCCACGAAGCGUCGUCGUCGUCGUACGUGCCGCCACCUGCUGCGUCGACAUCUUCGGUAUCACCCUCUGGCGUGACGGCGGACGAAAAUAGUGUGGCCAUGCACCUCCACGAGGCUGGCGCGGCAUACAAAAAGGCUGGGGAUCAGCGACACGAGUGCGUGCCAGUGUUGGCACACAAAGCCCAAGGCGAUCGGUGCUUUCAUGAUGCUAUCAUGUUGGUUCGACGAGGGGGAGGCGGCGGCGACACUGACUUGGACACGGCGGUGCUGCGCAUGGCGGAGGCCGCCACCGCGUAUGCAAAGUACCGCGAGUCGCCGCUCUUUGACCAGUGUCAGCUCAUGCUGUCAGUCGCAGUGAACGACAUUGCGUGGUCUCAUAAUGCACUGAAUGACGCCACGUACAGCCUGGACCUGCGCAUCAAGAGCGCCAGGCGCGACUUCGUCGAAUCCGAAGCUCGGGCGUGCAUGGUGGAGGCGCUGGAAAGUGCCAAACAAGGCAUCGUGCAAGCCAGUGGGGGCCAGUAUGACGUGGCACUGCUCAAGCACGUGCAAAGAUGCAAUCAGUACAUGUCGUGGUUGGGUCGUCACAACCCGGCGACACUUGCCGCCACUGGCGUCACUCCUGCGGUCACGGCAGCGUUGGAGAGAAAAGUGCACAAGUCGAGCAUUGCUUAUGGCUGUCGCACGCUGCCCGGGCGUUCCGAGUACGAGUGUGAGCAGCUGGUCGGUCACUGGACCGCCUUGGCCAAAGGUGACGUCGAGCUGGCGACAGUUCUUGUGACAGAGUCCGCCUUGCAACAAGCAACCUCCGCGGCGCUAACCGCCUCGAGGGACAAGCAAUUCCCUGCACUUUUGGUCUUGAGUGACACGCUGUUGACUGCAUUGGGAGGUACCUCCGUGUAUUGGGUACUGUCUGUAUACAAUUGCAUAAUGAGCAUGGUAGCGUCGAUGCCGCCGGCGUUCACGUUGACAUGGCUCCCGUUGCUGUGCCAGAUGACGGCCGCAGCCUCCGACCCCGUCAUCGUCCCCGCCCUCCUCCGUCGUCUUGAGCAUCUCAUGGCCACCAAACAGGUCGUGCACCACGUCGUAUCCAAGUGUGGCUUGGUCGCGUUGGUCCAAACGCUACGGGACAGCGACUUGAGUCACCAGGAUAUCAUGCAAGCCAUUGUCGCUGUCGUCGCCAAAUGUACAGCCGUCCACCCCAAGUGCUUCAACGACGACGCGCACCUCUGCGUGGUCCUGCCUGUCCUUUGCGCCAUGUUACUUCGACACGCCAAGUCGCCAGCCCUCGUCGCCGACAUCAUCUCCCUUCUAACCAGCCUGUUCAGUAACUGUACCAACCUCACAGCGUCCAACGCUGCCGACUGCCAACUGGUGGCAGCUGUCGCGCCAGCCUUAGCUGCGUGCAACCCGCCCUGUCAGGCCUCGGCUCUGCUUCUCCUGCGAGACUUAGCCCAAUCCGAUAAACGCGUACUGGCUCAAUGUCGACAGCACCGCGCUGCUCUUGUUUCUGCCAUUUCCCCGAUGGACCCAGCGUGGAUCGUCGCUUUUUCCGACCAGCUCACGUCAUAACCCCUCAAAUUAUAUUGUAUUAUUAAUAACUGCCCCACACAAAGUGUGAAAUCACAUUGAUGUUCACAUCGCCAUCUAACAAGUAACUUUAAAUCAUAUUUGCGGCUCAUUAUAUGGUGGCAUGUCACGGCUGCUGCUUGUGCGUGUGAUGAGCUUUGAUCGUGGCGGUUAGCUGUUCCAGCGCCAAUCGCAACGUGUUGGCGUGGUCAUGCACCGAUCGCAGCACGGCUUCGCUUUUUGCCGACGCUUCCAGGGUUUCUGCUUGCAUGAGCGCGGUGAGGAUGGACGAGGACUGCGCCAUGAGGCUGCCGAGCGACGUCGGGUCGGGGUCUUCUGUCGACGGAUUGGGGUUGGUCGUAGUGACGGCUUCCACAGACGACGGGCGAUGGUGUGAUGGGGGAUGCGAAGGACGAGAUGAUGUGCCAUUGGGGUGGUGGCGCAACCUGGAUGUGACACUGUCAAACACCCACUGUCCAUUGGUGUGAUCGAGUCGGUUGGCGUCAGGGACGUCCGCGGCGUCCGGAGCCAGCCGCCGCACGCGCAGCUGCUGGUCGUCGAGCACGUGGCAAUGGCCAUGAUGCUCGGAACCCCACGAGCCCAAUAUCCUGGCCUUGGAUUCAACCGUGAUGCCCCAUACCCGCGUGGUUUUGAGCAUCGUCGCGUUGAAACUGAACGAGCAGUCGAGGCGCUUGCUUUUGGAACGUCGCGUCUUGACUCCGUCCUUCUUGGGCGUGGGUCGGCCGCCCAGAUCGCAUCGGUACUUUUCUAAGUCGACACCAGAAGCUCUCGUUGUGUCCAUCGUGGGCAAAGCAACCAGCAGAUGCUACUACGUACGUGUACAGAUCUCCUUCACGGCACGGCCAUCCACAAGAUCCACGCGGGAUUUGCGUGAACACUUGACCAUCGGCAUGUGAAGGCGGUUGAACGACGCAAGGAUAAACUCGUCGAACGCGUCUUUGUGCGGCGACGUGAACUCGAGGAUGCAGGCAAUGUCGAUGAGAUCGUUCCCGGGUGGUGGUGGCUCUUGUGGAGUGGGAGGGGCCACCGUCUCUGCCGCCGACGCUGCCGCGACGUCUGGAUCACACGGAGAUGUCAUUGCGAGGUCCAUGCGUUGGUUCCAUGCAGCAAGCACAAGAAAGGCA